AUGGCGCUGUUUUCAGCAGCAGCAAAAGGAGACGUCCUGAAGAUACAAUCAUUAAUCGUCUCAGAAGACAAAUCAAAGGGUUCGGGAGGAGUUGAUGUAAACUGCUCGGAUGCGUCUGGCAAGACACCCCUUCACAUUGCUUCGGAAAACGGACAUUUGCAAACGGUUGAAUGGCUUACCCAUCAUGGAGCAAACGUGAAUGUAAUCGAUGCUAACCUACAGACAUCGGUUCACUUAUGCUCAAAAAUAGGCCAUCUUCAUGUGAUAGAGCUGUUAGUGAACGAAGGAGCAGAUAUUAAAAUUGGCGACAAAGAUGGGUUUACAGCUCUUCACAUAGCAUCAUUCAAGGGUCAUGUUGACAUUGUCAAAUACCUUGUUAGCAAAAGGGCAGAGCUGGAGAGACUUGCUAAUGAUUACUGGACACCACUAAACCUUGCUUUAGACGGUGGCCAUCUAGACAUCGCGGAGUACCUUUUGACAAAAAAAGCCAACAUUAAUAGGUGUGGUAAAGGUGGAUGUACAGCUCUACAUACUGCCUCACAAACUGGUAAUAUUGAUGGAGUGAAAUAUCUAACCAGUCAUGGAGCUGAGCUGGAUAGGAGCACUGAAGAUGGUAAGACCGCACUUAGUUUGGCUUCAUUGGAGGGACACCUUGACAUUGUCAAAGUUCUCGUUAACGAAGGGGCACAGCUUGACAAAUGUGACGAUAUCGACAGGACACCCUUGUCUUAUGCUUCUCAAGAAGGCCAUCUUGAAGUCGUCGAAGAAGCAAGAAAGAUCGUUAAGCCAUUCAUUGGGUUUAAAGAGGACGACUAUGACUACCUUCGCAGUACGUUCGGUAGUAAGGCUCUCCCUAGCUUAAUGCCCCGCCCAUACUCCCCAACAUACGAUCCAUAUCUUACCAGUCCACGAGACAGCUCUAGCUCCUCGAGGAAGAGUAUCACAGAAGAGACAAAGAUUAUAAGUCUCGACGAGUACAGCAUCAAGGUUCCAAUUUCACCAGACGAUGUGGACAGAGCCAAACUUAUCACAGCAGAAGCAUUGACAACCAUUCCACCUGACUUAAAGCUGGAAAAAGACGAAGUUAUCAUCUCAGUUGGGCUCAAGCUAUCCCCUCCUGGUCUUCAGUUUAAAACUCCGGUGGAAGUCACGGUCUCGCAUAGCGCUAUUUUCACCAACCCAGACAAGGCAGAAAUUGUGCUAUACACCCGAAGGACUGGUAAGAUCUUCCUAUUACCAUAG